UCCACGCCCCUACUUUUUUUAAAGGUAUCUGUGACCAACAUAUGCAUAUCUGUAUUCCCAGUUGUGAAAUCCAUAGAUUAGGGCCUAAUGAAUUUAUUUAAAUUGACAGAUUUCCUUAUAUGAACUGUAACUCAUUAAAAUCUUUGAAAUUGUUGUGUUUUAUAUUUUUGUUCAGUGUAUAAUUCAGACAAUGUUCUGUGUCCUCAGACUGUGAGACUUUUCGUGCACGUCACCCGGUGACGACGUACGAGCACUACCGUGAACUGGUAGGGCGAGUGGCGGCUGGAGAAGAGAAGGUCCUCAUAGCUGAGAAACCCCUUAUCUUAGCCAUGACAUCAGGUACAUCUGGGGCCAGCGCCAUGCUACUGAGCACCAAGGACACCAACACAGAGUUCUUCCUACAGGUCAGUCAGUGGAAAUUCUCCCUAUUAGCCCCAAAAACUAUUUUCCUUAGCUACCAUUACUUGUUGGCAUAUGUAGCGGUGAAGUCAAAGCUUUCAGCUAUCCAAUUCUAAAUACUGUGCUUACACGAAGGGAGGAUGACCAUUUAUUUUGGUCAUGGCUAUGUGUGUGUUUGCGUGUUUGUGUGUGUGUGUGUGUGUGUUCUUGACACUCUCUCUGUCUGUGUGUGUCCCUCCACCCCAGGGCGUGGCUGUGUGUCUGGAUGCCAUGCGGCGUGCCUUCCCGGCUAGCGACAGCCUCCAGCGCACCACCAAGCUCUUCUACUCACCCACCUUUCGCCAGUCAGAGGCAGGCAUCCCCAUUGGGCCUAACUCCUCCACCCCGGCUUCGUCGCGCCACAUGCUCAACCUAUACACCACACCCGCACCCGCCUUCCAGGUAAGGUUGGCACCAGGGUUGUGUUCAUAAGGGCACACUGUAGCAAAAUGUUUUGCAACGGAAAUGAAAUGUCUUAUUGGAGUUCAUAUAGUAUGUCUUUUCCGUUUUCUUCGGUUUGAUUUCCAAUAAACAAGACACAGUAUAGAAUAGAAUAGUGCGUUUUUGUCAAUUUUGUGAGACAUGAAAAUGUGCCUUCUGUGUUUGCCUUGGCUUUCUGGACAUCCCCAACGUACGCAUGCCUGGAGUGGCACAGGGUCAGCCACCGCACUGGAGUCAGUGCCUUUCUCAAGGACAUAACGGCGGAAGAAACAGAAUGCUGUUGUCACAGAAAACAUAUUUUUCAAAUUGGAAAGUGUAAAUAUACUACUACGAUAAACUACUACUAUAAUUGUGGUGCCAACCUCCCAUCCAGGUGCCCAGUGAGAGAGACACCCUCUACCUGCAUCUCCUCUUUGCCCUCAAAGACCCAAGUGUGGGCACCCUGGAGUCCAACUUCGCCUCUACUGUCUUUUAUGCCUUCAGUGCCCUCCAGGUAGCUAGAGAUAAACACACACACACACACACACACCAGGAUUGGGAAAGAUGGUUUACUAUAUUGUGUAUAUACUGUAUAGUUAUACUCUUAUGUAAAGAGUACAUAGGAUAACCCUCCAUUGCAGCGCUCUUAUUACUGUGUAAUUAUUUAUAUUUGACGAUGCUAUCUUCUAACCUCUCCCCUCCCCCAGGAGCGUUGGCAGGAACUGGUGGAGGACAUCGAGCUGGGUCGGGUCAGCCCCGCUCUGGCCCUGGAGCCAGGGGUGAGGGCCAGCCUGGAGGGCCAGAUGAAGCCAGACCCGGAGCGAGCCGCCCAGCUCCGGGCCCACUUCCAGCAGGGCUUCAUGGGCAUCGCGCGGCGCCUCUGGCCCCAGCUCAACCUGGUGCUGGCUGUGGACUCUGGGUCUAAUCAGAUCUAUGGGGAGAUGCUGCGGGAGCGCUACUGCCAGGGGGUUCCCUUCUACUCCCCCUUCUACGCCGCCACAGAGGGUCAGUGCACAGGAAACUCAUCACCUUGUGACAGCAAGAGUAUAAAGGCAAUGUAACAGUGGCCCUGUCUGUGUGUCUGUCUCUUACAGUGCGUGUGUGUGCAUGCGUGUGCAGUAGUUGGUAGAAGCCAAAAUGUAUAGCAAAGACCAUAACAUAAUCAGUGCUUGAUUUAGACUAAAAUAGGUGCUGGUACUCAUUUUGAGUGCCUUAUACUGUUUAUAUUUAGGUGCAGGAACUCCAAAAUACCUUUGAGCUAAUCGGCUAAAGAGGUGCAGGGGCUCAAGCAGUAGUAAAUCUGAGGUGCCAGUACUCAGCUCCGGUGAGCACCAACCCAAGUCAAGCACUGAACAUAAUUUAGACGGUACUACACGUGUGUAUCUGUGUCUCUUUUAUUUGUCUCUCUGUGUUCCUGCACUCUUACGUUAUAUCUCUGUGUUAACAUCCCUGUGCCCCUGCAGGUCUGAUCGGGGUGAACCUGUGGCCUGAGGAGGAGCAGCGGAGGAGGUACUUGCUGUGUCCUCGCUCCAUGUUCUGUGAGUUCCUCCCAGAGGCCAGUUUGGACCAGGAGAUGCCAGAGAAACACACACUGCUCAUGGGGGAAGUGCAGCAGGGACACAGCUACGAGCUGGUCGUCACCAACGCAUCCGGACUCUUCAGGUAAAACAUAAUCGUACUUUAAAACAUGCUAAUAUCAGGUAUUUUGACUUCCAUUGGUUUUUGGUUGCAAAAAUCGUUACGUUUUAUGCAGAAUCAAAGUAACUUCAAACCAAGUUACUGAGCAAAGUCACAAUCCCUUUCAGAGACUUUAGGAUGAUUUGGGCAUGAGAUUUCAAACUUGCUAUUAUUGUGUACAUUGACUUCCAUUGGUUUUUGGUUGGAAAAUGCUAAAAAGUUAGCAAAAAAUGGCAGUGGCUAAGUGUAAAAAAACCAACGUGUGGAUUGCACUCUGUCCUUGUCCAUAGACUGAUUACAAGGUAGGGAAACAAAUGUUACAUUUUGUAAUUUGAGUGAACUAUCCCUAUAACUGAAGCUCCUGCUUUUGUUAACCAAGUACUGCAUUUGUGUUGGCUGAUAUGUGAUUUGACAGGGAUCUCUCUUUUUUUGUCUCAUAGAUAUUGUAUGGGAGAUGUUGUAAAAGUGGUUGGCUUCCACAAUCAGUGUCCAGUUGUAGAAUUUCAAUACAGGUACGGUACUGCAUCCGGUGUGUACCUUUUCUGUACGUACGUGGGUGUGUGAGAAUACCUGUGUGCUGAUGGGUAUAGAUGCUAAGGGGAAGGUAUUUGUGUGUGUGUGAGACAGUUCUAAAGUACUCUGUGUGUGCUCGUGUGUGUGCGUUUAUAUGCAUGACCUGUGUGUGUAGGCGGGGUCAGAUGCUGAGUGUGCGGGGGGAGAAGGUGUCUGAGGUGAUGUUUCUGGGGGCUCUGAAGCGAGCCAUCAGCCAGUGGCCCGGAGCUCAGCUAGUUGACUACUGCUGCGCAGAGAGUGCCAUAAUGGGUAAGAUGGCUCUCUACUUGCUUUUGUUGUAGUGCCAAUUGGUGUAGGGUGAAGUUGUUCCUAGACGCUGAUCUUGGGUAAGUAUUGUUUUUCCCCCACUAAUGGUUAGUUAGUAUUGGGGGAGGGGAAGCUGAUCCUAGAUCUGUACCUAGGGGAAUCUUCACCCCCGAGUGAUGCAAUUCGGCUUUUGGCUGCCAUGUAUACAAAAUACAACUAAACUGGUUUUAUGGAAGCGUAUGAUUGGAAGUUCCCUCAGAGGGAUUAGACUAAUGAAAAUAUGGCAUAUUGUAUGUGGGCUCCAGAUUGAUUUGUGCAAUGGUUGAUCACCAUGUAUCUGUUGCAGGAGAGUCAUGUGGAGGUUCUGAUCCUCACUAUCAAGUGUUUGUGGAGCUAAAGGGGGUGAGGAACCUGACAGAGGAGCAACGCUACAAGGUAGGGAAUCGUUUCUGUUCAGUUUCACUUGUUUCAUUUCAAUACCUGUCAACAUGAGUUUGAGUUUUAUUCUUUCUGUUUUAUACCAAUGCCUGGAGAACUUGUUCCAUAACUUGUUUUGGUUGUGGAUGAAUGAUUGUGUGAUUAUGAUGGAAAAUAAUAUAUUGCUCCUGAAAUCCCUCCUAUUUUGCCUCUUCUCUUUCUCUUUCUCACUCUCUAACUCCCUCUCUUUCACACAAACACACACACUCUAAAAUACCAUCUCGCUUGCUUGCACACACAUACAAACAAAACAAAAAUACACACACACACACACACACCCUGCACCUGUUCACCAGUUGGACCAGUGUGUCCAGGAGGACUCGGCCGUCUACAAGUCGUUCCGGUUCAAAGGCAGCAUCGGACCAAUGAGAGUGCAGAUGGUGGCAGAGGGCGCAUUCAAGGAACUGCGUAAACAAAUGAUGGCCUUCUCCAACACCUCGGCCAACACGUUCAAAAUGCACCGCGUACUACGCAGAAAGGAGUACGCCGACUUCUUGUUAGGGAAGACCAUCUCC